GCCGCCACGAAGAUGCGCAUCCACGGGGGCGACCACCGCGCCGAGGACCCCGACGGGAGGCCCUCCGACGACCCGCUCGCGCUGGCGGAGGACAAGGAGCACGUGUCGAGGCUCGACAGGUGCUGCCUGUCGAUGGGCAGGAGGAAGAAGAUCUGCGGCGAGAUGGCCAAGGUCGCCUCCCUGAAGUACAAGCUCGAAGAGGCGCGGCAGCUCUUCCGCACGGUCAAGCCUGUGCAGCUCGACCUGCUCGGCGUCUCCGGCGCCGCGCGCAUGAUCGACCCGGAGAGGCAGAAGGAGGCGAUCCAUAUGUUGACGCAGGAGGGCGACACUGCCAAGCCGAUGCAGAUGCAACCCAUCAACGACGUGUUCCUGUCGCUCGUUGAGGCCAAGCUCUGGGCGCGCAUCCAGGGGGGCGAGUUCAUCGGCGGCGAGGGCGAGGAGCUCCUCACGUGCGUGGCGGCGGCGCGGCCCCUGUCCCCGUACUACCUGACGGACCUCGACCACCUCCGGAGGGGCGGCCAGGCGGUGACGUGCCACACCUGCGGCGGCGACCAGCACCCUGCCGCCCAGGGUCGGUGCGACCCUUGCGGCCGCGCUGCCCCCUGGGGCGCCCAGAGCGAGCGCGCCCUCGAAGCAGAGCUGGGUGCCAGCACAGAGCCUGGCCACAUGCGCGUUGAUGACGAGCACGGCCGCGUGCCAGACGGUGCUUCAACGCCAGACGCCAUGCCCCUGCGCAGGAAGAGCUAG